UGGCAAGUUUAUGAACUACGUAGAGUAAGUAACUACUUUCUUAUUCUAACGGUUUUUAAUAAGUGAUGGUCUUGUUUUGAUGUACUGGUCCAAUGAUUUACAGAAUGCUUUGAUUAUCAGGACGUUACUUGUUCACCGAUCUUAUUUACUGUAGUUUAGAUAGAAAAGCAGUAUCAUUAAAUUAUUUAAUAAGUGUGGUUUGGGGCUGAGCACUUCGAUUUUUCUUACUUAUUGGGAAGUUUCGGCUGUUUGUUUGCAUGAUUUAAUUGUCAAAGGAACGUAAAAUAAUGGUGGAUUGAUAAUGUCAAGCGGUGCGAAUGAGAUAGCUAGUCAGCUGCUUUGUUAUCUCCAUUUAAAUUUUCAAUUAACGUGCAGUCGAAAAGAAAGAACAGCUGACUAGUAGUAGUAUAACCUAUCCACAUGAAAUGAUAUCUAAGAGUCAGUAAGUGUCGAGUGAGUCAAAAAAGUUAGGCAUCGAUCUAUGUUAGGUUUGUUAUUAUAGUUUUAUACCUGCCUAAUAAAAGUAAGUUUGAUUUAAUCGAAGCAGUUGUUUUAAUUAGUCUCUGCAUCAGUAGGCCUCAAAAUACACAAGGGAAAAACCAAGGUUCUCAAAUACAACACGGAGAACACCAACUUAAUCACUCUUGAUGGUGGGAUCAUCCACAUACCUGGGAAGCAUCAUCGAUGAACAAGGAGGAUCAGAUGCAUUCGUAAAGGUGAGGAUUGGUAAAGCAAGGGCCGCACUCCUUCAAUUGAAGAACAUAUAGAACUGAAAACAACUUUCAACCAAUACCAAAGUCAGAAUCGUCAAUGCGAACGUCAAGGCAGUUCUACUGUACGGAGCUGAAACUUGGAGAACUACAACAACCACCAUCAAGAAGGUACAAGUAUUUGUAAAUAGUUGUCUAUGCAAGAUACUCGACAUCCAUUGGCCGAAUACCGUCAGCGACAGCCUUCUGUGGGGAAGAACAACCCAGCUUCGAGCUGAAGAGGAAAUUAGGAAAAGACGAUGGGAAUGGAUAGGACAUACACUACGCAAAUCGUCAAACUGCAUGUGAAUCUGUAAAACACUGAAAUAUUCGAAUUUAAACUAAUACCAUUUAUAGGACAGGACGUAUGUGUUUAUAGUAACUAUCGAAUAACAGUUUCUUCCUUCGUUUCCUUAGAUCCAGUGAAUUUUCUUAGUCAGUAUCGAGUGACAAAUCCACACAUGGCACCAUUGAAUCGUGAAUUAAUAGAACGUUGUAUAAUUCCUCAGUGAAAAUUUUGUAUUUGAAUGUUUUGAAUCAAUGCUAAUAAUGCUGUAUUUGCAUACUUGCGUUUCCCCAUUUGUAACAAAACGCUUUUUUUGUAGAACGAAAAGACUCUUAAAGAAACUAUGUGUAUAUCCUCUUCUGUAAUCGUUUAUCGAGAGGAAGAUGGGGUUAAAGAAUUCAAAGAAGUGGAUUCCAUUUCAUUAGUUCCCGGUGAUAUAAUUGAAAUUCCACAAAACGGGUGUCUGGUUCAAUGUGAUGCCAUCUUACUAGCAGGAAACUGCAUAGUAAAUGAAAGUACAUUGACCGGUGAAAGUGUUCCAGUUACCAAAAUUCCCUUACCCGAUUCACCAUCAAAGGGUACGUUAUUCGAUAUCAAAGUUCAUGGUCGGCAUAUUUUAUUUGCUGGUACUACUGUUAUUCAAACAAGAAAUUAUGCAGAUGAGCGAGUUCUGGCUGUUGUUGCACGCACUGGCUUUUACACUGUCAAGGGUGAGCUUGUACGGUCAAUUCUGUUUCCGAAACCUCUAAAAUUCAAAUUCACCCAAGAUUCCUUCCGGUUUAUUUUUGCUUUGUCUAUUCUUGCUGUGGUUGGUUUGGGAGUUUCAAUCUACUUAAUGAUCAGAGCUAAUGUUGGUGUUGAUGACAUUAUCCGUCGAGCGUUAGAUUUAGUUACUGUGGUGAUACCACCAGCCUUACCUGUUGUGAUGACAGUAGGAGUUGUUCUGGCUCAACGACGCUUACUAUCGCAUGGAAUAUUUUGUGUCAAUCCAUCCGUGAUCAAUGUUUGUGGAGUAAUCAAUGUAGCUUGUUUUGAUAAAACGGGCACUUUAACGGAAGAUGGUUUGGAUAUGUGGGGUAUCAUUCCUUAUGAAGAUGGUUUAUUUGGAGAUCCGGAAUUAGAACCAUCAGAGUUGGAUAAUGGUCCUCUAAUGGAAUGUUUAGCGACUUGUCACUCAUUGACAUUGAUUGAAGGAGUUCUGUGUGGAGAUCCUCUGGACUUAAAGAUGUUCCAGUCAACUAAAUGGGAACUCAUUGAAGAAGCUGCUGACCACUGUAAAUUUGAAAUGGCUGUCCCUGCUAUCGUACGUCCAUCUAGUAAAACCAGUUUGACGGAAAAGACUUCUGAAAAGUUCAAUGGUGAUGAUAUUCCAUAUGAAGUGGGUAUUUUACGUCAAUUUCCAUUCAGUUCUUCAUUACAACGUAUGUCUGUGAUUACUCGUGCUCUCAAUCAAAAUCAUUUCAAUAUCUAUACUAAAGGUGCACCUGAAACUAUUGAAUUAUUGUGCAGAUGUGAUACUAUACCUAGAGAUUUCCAUUCUACUCUGUUGGAAUACACACGUGAAGGUUAUCGAGUUUUAGCGUUAGCUUGGAAACCAUUGAAAGCAACCUAUACAAAAGUUUUACACGUAUCUAGGGAGCGCGUUGAACAGAAUUUACGAUUUCUUGGUCUACUGAUCAUGGAGAACCGUUUGAAACCGGAAACAACUCAAGUGAUUGAAACUUUAAGAUAUGCCAAUAUUCGACCUGUAAUGCUAACUGGUGAUAAUAUGUUGACUGCAUUGUCAGUAGCUCGAGAUUGCGAGAUGAUCGAUGAACUGGAUCGUAUUAUUCUUGUGUCUGCAAAACCACCACCAUUUCCUCGUCAUGUUCAGUCAUCUAGUCCGAAUGAUUCUGUAGCUUGUUCUACCAAAGUUGAUCUACCCAGUGAUCAACCACACAGUCAUACUUCUUCAAAUCAUGUUAGUUUACCAUUUGUUUCGUUGACGCAAUCACAAGGAACAAGAAACAACAAUAGACCACGUACACACUCGAGUUUUAAUGCAACGAAUUCUUUAUUUGAGGAAAACUUCUUCAACCAGCAAUACGAUUCAUUGGUUGAAUUUCAUUAUGCUGAAGAUUUACACAAACCAGUCACUGAAGUGACAGCUACAACUGAAACAAGAACAACGAGAAAAUCUCAUAGAUCUCAGCCUGUUAAUAAUACUUCGACUGAAACUGAUGUUGAUCCGCACAGAUUCUCUGUAAGGAGUAGUAGGAAAUCUCGAAAAUUGAUACAUCGCUUGUGUGAAGAUGUUCCAUGUGUUUCACGCGGAUGUGAACAGCAUUCCUCACCGUCUUCAAGUCCACUGACAGAUAUAACUGCGGUGCCUAAUGUUUCAGUGAAUGGUCACCCUCGUGCUUCUUCAUCCGGUCAACGAGAACAUCACCAUUAUGAAAUAGGAAGCAGUGGAUGUUAUUCGAAAGAUGAUUUGCAUUCGGUAUCAAAUCGCCGUUUGAAUCCCACUCAUUCUGUAUCUAUACGGAUGCUCGAUCGACCUGAUUUCCACCUAGCUAUGUCUGGCAAAACGUGGGCUAUCAUACGAGAAUAUUAUCCCUGGCUUAUACCAAAGCUUGUAGUGAAGGGUACUGUGUUUGCUCGUUUUCGUCCGGAACAAAAAGCUCAAUUGAUCGAGUCACUUCAAUCAGUUGGUUAUUUUGUUUCAAUGUGUGGUGAUGGCGCUAACGAUUGUGGUGCAUUGAAAGUAGCACAUGCUGGAAUUGCAUUAAGCGAAGCUGAAGCCAGUGUUGCUAGUCCUUUCACAUCGAAGCAACAAAAUAUUAGUUGUGUGCCUACACUUAUUCGUGAAGGUCGUUGUGCGUUGACUACUAGUUUUGGUGCAUUUAAAUUUAUGGUCGGUUAUUCAAUGAUUCAAUUUUUCUCUGUUAUACUUUUAUAUUAUAUUGGUAGUAAUAUUUCUGACCUGCAAUUUUUAUUCAUCGACCUUUUCCUUAUCACAACUCUGGGUCUCACGUUUGGUUAUACUCCGGCGUAUCCUCGUCUCUCGGUGGAACCUCCUGCGAUGCGACUAGUGUCAACUGUGACCUUGUUAUCAUUGGGUUUGCAGUUACUCACUUGUGGUCUUGUACAAUUUUCAGUCUUUGUGUUUACCCGACUACAACCAUGGUAUUUACCACUGUUUACUUAUCAUGAAGAUUAUGAAUUAAAAAAUUAUGAAAGUACGGCCAUAUUCUCCGUAUCUGUCUAUCAAUAUAUCAUAGUGGCUAUUGUAUUCUCUAAAUCUGCACCAUAUCGUCGGUCAAUUCUUUCUAAUCAUUUAUUCGUUGUCAACCUUAUUGCAUGUAUUGCUGGAUCCUUAUACUUAACAUCUCAUCCAGCCCGUGUGGUUCGCAAAUUAUUCGAACUCUGUCGUUUCCCUUCAGUUUAUUUUGUAAUAAUUCUUCAUGGAAUAGUAUUGGGGAAUUUACUAUUUGGAUAUAUUUUGGAAUCAAUCGUUGCUGGCGUUUCAUUUCGACAACGAAUACGUCAUAUUCAACAUGCUUUAUUUCCCAGACAUGUUUCACGUAAAGACUAUGAACACAUUCGUGAUGAAAUAGAUAGAUUAGCUGGAGUGUGGCCACCAAUUAUACGAUCUGCUAGUGUACAAGCGUUACCAAGAGAGCUGUUCAAUGAAAGUGAUGUUGUUGGACAAACUGUACAAACAUCAAGAAAACGCUAUAAUUCAAGACUUUCAACUGACAGUGAAUCUGAUGAGGAUUGUAUUCCAGUUACUUCUGAGGAGAAGGCUGUCCUGUGUAAUAGUUUACGUGAUAAUAAUAUUAUUCAUCAACAAGUACAAUUACAUUACAAUACUCAAUCUCCAUUUCAACCGUCUUGUGUUUUUGAUACUAUGCCGAAAAGUGCGAUCGAAAAUUCAUUUAACAAGAAACGGACACGUUCUACUAGCACCCAUAAUCGCCAUUCAUUUAACACUACGAGAAGCCUUGAAAGCAAAGGUAUCAAACGCAAUACUUCUAAGAAAAACAGUUCUAGACAACAAAUGCCUGCAGCACAUCAAAAACUGGAGGUCAGAGCUCUUACUCCGACUCGACGAGUUCAACAUAUUCGAUCACAGAGUGGACCAAAACCACUUAGUCCAAAUCCCGUCGACGUUCAGUCGGACCCAUUCCAAUCAGCUGCUUACUACUGAUAGGAUAAGUUUGUCGGGAGAUCACACGUUGUUAGUCUUUCGAUGUAUAAUAUUUACUGUUAUCAUCAGUGGACGAUUUCAAAUCAAUAACUGUAUUUUUUCCUAAAUCGCUGUACACAAUAUGAAUUGCUUUUUUCUCCUGUCCCUAAUUCGGAUGGUUCAUUUUCUAUUGACUCUUACGUUAACCUGUGAAAAUCUUUCUGUCAUGUCACGUUUUGUCUGUCUCUUUUAGAUUGAGAAGAAUAGUCACCAGCAACACACAUUUAACUUAUCCAUCUCAAUUUUCAUCCAAUCAUGCACUAUCGUUUUAAUUAAUAGAGCAGAACUAUCACAGUUUUAUAGACAAAACAAAUAUCUUUCAUGAUCGACAAGUUCCUUGUCUACGAGUGUUGUUUUCAUUUUGUGUCUCGACACAUGCGGUCUACCAGUAAUCCCAUUACUACAUUAUUCGCUCACUCCAGAGAAAUUCUUGCUUGCAUAAGGUAACAUUCACAGAAAACAAACUGCCAAAUUAAGUAGACCGUACUAUCACGUAUUUUGUGAUUUAUGACUCGGAUAGGUAAGAAUUAUCUCAAUUCUGUCUGACUAAUGAUUCACAUGAGUUACAUUUAUAUACAUUUCGUAAACAUUAAGUGAACUAAAAGUGGAACAGACUGACUGACGAGAGGGUUCAAGGAAUUCAUAGUUUCCCCUCUUACUAUGUGAUCUUGCAAAUUAUCUAAUGUGUUUUAUGCCAUUUUAUUUUUUAUUUCCAUGUGUAUGUUACGUUCAGUUGUUAAAGAUUUUUUCUUUCGUUUUUCUCUUUGUCUAUAAAAUCGAAGUGAUAUUUUUCUUUGAGCACGAAUGUGAUGAUACAUUGUUCAUAAUCAUAAACAAUAUUUAAUUUG